AUGAAGAUUUUCACGAUUUUUGGACUUAUCGCGAAAUUGCAAGGAGAGAAAAAAGUCAGCUCCGAGUAUAUUGAUAUUCUUGAUCAAGUUCGUCAAAAUUACGACUCGACCAUCAAUCCUGUUCUGCAACAACUCCCCGAAAUCGCUCCAGAAAAGCUUUCCCGAGCAAUCAGAAUUCAGAGAAUCGUCGUCAGAUACAUUGACAGCCUCAAAAAGCUGCCUGAAAAACGAAAAUGUGUCCAGCCACUUUCUUCUGAAAACAUAGAAGAGCUUCAAAUCCAAGUAACGCGGAUGAAAAAUGUAGGAGAACUCUUCCAGGACCGGAUUUAUUCAAUUUUACGCAAUUUUUAA